AUGUUCACCAAACUCACCACGAAAAUCGCCCUCCGGAAAGCGGGCAUCCCGUCAAACGCGCUCUCGUUCCCUGAUACCACAGGCGGUGAUUCGAAAGAUGGUAGUGGUGGAGGUAGUUCGCCGUUUGCGGGGGCCAAGGAUGCGUGGCAGAAUCUUCAAGUCCCGAAAGCGCUGAAGAGUUGGACGACGCCGCCUCCGGCUGCGGUGGAGGUUGCUCCUGCACCGGUGCUAGGGACGAGGGCCCCGAGGGAUAGGAGUGGGAAGUUGGAGUUACCGCCCUUGGAUGGACGUCCGUCGAUAGUGAUAUUUCUCAGGCAUACGGGCUGUCCUUUCGCAGAAAAAACCUUCAUCGAAGCCCGCCGCCUCUCUAACAAAUUCCCCCGUCUCUCGUUUAUACUGGUAUCGCAUGCCUCAAAAGCGGCCACCGACCGCUGGGUCUCGCAGGUGGGCGGCGCGUGGUCGAUGACUGUGGUGGUUGAUCCGGAGAGGGAGGUGUAUGCCGCGUGGGGAUUGGGCGUGAGUACGACGUAUCAUUUGUUGAAUCCGUGGACGCAGAUGGCGAUGCGGAGACUAGGGACGGAGGGGGGGAUUUGGGCGAGGGAGGUGGAUGGGAGUGCGAAUCGGUGGUUGGUUGGUGGGGCUUGGGGGGUGGAUGAGGUGGGUACAAUCCGAUAUGGAAGCGCAAGCAAAACAGCAGACGACAUUCCGGAUUUAGUAGAAGCGUGCAAGGCCUUAGGAGCAUACUGA